UGAUCUGGAGCGCAAAUUACUGUAGACUGGUGAGCAGAGCGAGGGCGAUUAGUAACGUCAGACUGAGUUGAUUUCUGUAACCUGGUUACUUUACCUCGUUUGGAUUUUUAGUUGUUGCCAAUGUGAAGGAAUUCAGAAUGAAGAAGUAUCUGAAUACUGUACUGGAUUGACCUGGGCAUCGUGUUGCAAUGAUGAUGUUACCGACACUGCCUCAGAUUUCAACACAAAGGUACAAGACACCACUUGACAGCCACAGCCUCUCUUCCUCUGGGAACUACCCAGAAGAAAACGACGAGACUGUGAGCAGCGACUCUGUCCUUGACACAUACUCCGAGACCUUCCCCAGCACCCAGAGCAGGUCGCCCAUAAACAUUCAGCAUCACAUGGCCGAUGGUGACCACCACAGAGUAGCAGGGGCACAGUCCUGUUACAACCCCUUUCGGCAAAGCGUGGCACAGCAUCUCCACAGCAAUUACCAGCAGCAGCAGCAGCAGAGCCACUUCCAUAGUCCCAUGGGAGAGUGCUCUAGCUGCUUAGACACGCAUGCCGGAACCUGGCCCAGCAUCAGCUUCAGCAGUGGAUGUGGCUCCAGCGGGGCUAACCCCAACAGUCUGGCUUCCUGCCCGCCCUCUGAACACUAUAUGAGCUAUCAGAGACAGGACUGCACCAGCCAGCCACAUGCCCCCUCUCCUGCUGUGGGCAGCUAUAGCCUCAGCAUUAGUCACCUGGAGCCGCCCUUGUCCUUGCAUUCCAUGCCCCCCACCGGGACCGCUAACCCCUUUGUGCAGCCGUACCCCUGCAGACCCCCAGCAUGCUGCCCUCAGUAUCCUGUCGAUGAGUACAGCAUGCAGCCUUCCCAUCCUCCUGGAUACUACCUCCCUCCACCAGGUCCCCCGUGCUGCAGACCUCCUGGAACUGUUACCACUCAGAGAGCACACACCACAACAGAACCCUCCAAAACAAAUGGCAUGUACAGCAUGCCUCUCCCUCUGGAACAGAGGAAGGUCUUUGUCACGUAUGAAGCAGACAGUGACAUGCACGUUCGCGAAAUCUUAAACUUUGUCUCUUUGCUGAGAGGGAAUGGAUUCGACACACAUAUUGACCAGUUUGAACAGCAGUAUAGAAGCAUAAGCAAAAUUGACUUCAUGGAAAAAUACAUCAGUGAGAAAGACUACUUGAUUAUUAUAGUAAUCAGCCCCAAGUAUUAUGAAACCGUCAAACCAUGUCAGUAUAUCAGCAUAAAGAAUGACGAGAGUGCCUUGCAUACAGUUUACAUCUACAAACAGCUACAAAAUGAGUACAUCCAGAAUGGCAGUAAAAAUUUCCGCUUCAUUCCUGUUCUCUUCCCUGGAGCAAAGAGGAGCCACGUCCCUUCCUGGCUGCAGAACACCCACGUGUAUCACUGGCCCCAAGACAUGCAAGACAUACUGCUGCGGCUGAUGCGUGUGGAGAAAUACAACCCCCCGCCCGUCGGGAAGCUCCCCACCAUCCUCUCCAAGCGCAUUUAGGAGCCUUGCUGGGGACCUGCGCGAAAAUACCGGUUCUGAUCAACUUCACUUCUGACAGCAUGUUGUUUUAUGAGGCUUCAGGUCUACGCAAUCACUGUUCUUUUAGUACAGUGGUUUUCAACCAUUUUAAAACUGUGCCCCGUUCUUCUUGAGGUUUCAGCUCAAGUACCCCUUUACAAUUUUCACUCUACUGAAUGGUGCCACAGUUGCAAUACAAGGCAGAAUAAUCUGAUUAACACAUUUCUUUUUUUCCUGUUUAUUUAAUAUAUAAAAUAUGUCACAACAGUUUGGGACUGACAAACUUCUGGUUUAGGACAGAAUGCCAAACAGUAAUUCUUAAAAAUCACAGGUCUUUGUCUUUGGACGCACAGAUUUGGGAAUCUCUUCACACAUAUUGGCAAAGUUAUAGAUAAUCCAAAAUAGUCUGCACUGUAAAUGUUUAUCAUGUUACCUUUUACUUCCCAUCUCAGCAUAACAACUGUGGCUCAUGACUUUUUUUAGACAGGUGAACCACAAAUCACAAAAUAGUUAUUACCAUCCCCACCAAGUGGCUGACGUACUAAAAGUAAAUUGACUUUGUUCAGCUGAUUUCGUAUGCCUCUGCUGAGAGCAUUUAUAUUUUCUAUAAAGACACAAAUACAAUAUCACAAAAUCUUUCAUUCAGCAUGAACAAGGCAGUUUGUCCUGCUGUGGCAAGAAAUUGGCAGUUUUAGAUCCAUUAAAAGAGGUAACCUUGCCUUAUUUACAGUAAAGAUCAAUCUGUCUUUCUUUAUGUUUGCCGGAGCAAAAAUGCAGAAAGAGUUGAAAACAGCAAAAUUCAUGAGCAGCACAGAGUGCUUUCCAUAGGCAGAAUCCCCAGACCCCUGCUUCACCCACCCUAAUAUCAGAGUGGAAUCAACUCAUACUCUACUUCUGAUACAUACUAAACAAAAAUGAAAUAUUUAUGCACAGUGGCUUAGAGAUAAUAUAUAACACAGUUUAAAAAAUCAGUUCAAGAUCAUUAUUUUCUUUUACUUUCAUUUGUAUUUAUUUUUUAUUUCUGAGUCGUGCUGCAUACCCCCUGUGACCCUUAGAAGUACCCCCAGGGGUGUACGUGUACACCCGGUUGAAAGCCCCUGUUCUGGAAGAAGGGUACGUAUCCACCUGGAAUGCCAGCUAUUUUCUUAGUGGAAUCAAACCACUUUUAGCUGUGGUGUGAUCGUUCCAAACAGGGAGGGUGUAUCGGGGAAUCAGAACAGGGGCAUUAGGCAAAGGUGUUCAUUUUCUCAUUCAAACUCUGCUGGACAGAUAAAUGCUUCUACUCAACACUAUCUUAACAUAAACUUGUCUGUGACGAAUGAAUCAGUUGUGUUUCAGAAUGAUGCAUCACUUAAAGGCAAACUCAGACUCAAACUCUUAAUUAGUAAACACAUGACUGUAAACUUCUGACCUGAUUCUAUUUAUCACAGGCUAUACCAAUACACAUGACUAGUACUGUAUUUAAUAUCAUUUUAACACACAACUUUCAACUGUGUUAGACUAAGGUCUAUUACCAAUACUAUAAAUAAAUGAAGUGCUACACUCUUAGUCGAUUACAUCAAGCUUUGAAUAUGAACCCUGUUUUUGUUAACUGUGUGACUGAAUGUACUUCAUGUGUUUUCUGUUUCACAAAGGGCUGACGUUUUCUUUGAUGCACACAAUCUCUGUAUAAAGCAAGGCUUGUCAAUGCAGCCGAUAAUGGGGCAUUUCCAAAUGAAUACGUUGCAUUACUAAAAUGUGUACUUAUCCUUCAUCUCUGUUCAUUUUUCAUGUUGAAAUAUGCUUUCUUUGAUUUACAAAAUAAAUAAACAAAUACAAUGAAAUAUAUUUUGUCAAACAUUUAAAAAAAAUCAGUUGAACAACUAAUACAAAACAACUUAAACAAUGAUAAGUGUAUGCUAACACUGCACAACAUUCCUAUGCACAACAUUCCUAUUUACCUACACUAGAGUUGCCGUUUGUUGUUCUUUUCUAGAGUUAGACAUGAAUGAAGCCAAAAGUUCCAGCUACCUCAAAACAUUAAAUAUAAAAAGUAUGACGCUUAAUAAAGAAACGUACAAUCCAACACAAUCCAGGAUGGGUGUUUACUGUAGCAUGUAUUUUCAAAACUGCCCUUGAGAGAUUUGCACAGAGAAUGGAAGUGCUUGACAAGAAUUAUUUCACUGGCCAACUCCUUUAGACAAAGCAUUGCCACACCAGUACUCCAGGUCUUCAAUGAACGAUAGCAGGGGCUUCACUAGCUAUAUAUAAGGAUCUGACAGGAAUAAAAACACUUCGUAUGUGUAUGAGAGGCAUGGAUAAAAAACUCUUUUUGAACAUUGUGACAGGGUACACCCCGCCUCUGUGUUCAUUUGUAUUUUUUUGUUGUAUUAUUAUGAUUUAAAUGUAUUCUUUGGUGUUUAAAAGCACAAUGUUUGUUACUGUUUUACAGCAUGGAUGGGGUUAAAAUUUCCCACCCAGCUAAGUGCCUAAUGUGGCCAUCUCCAAAUUAAUUAAGUAAUUCCCAGUUUGGAGAUGGACAUUAUAUCUAAAGAGCAGAUCAGCUGCUCAUUAGAGGGUGGUCGUUUGUUCAGAGCAGGAGGAACGUAAGAAGUCAGAUAUAAAAAUAACUAUUGCUGCUGGCUUGAAACCGGCAUGAUACUUGUUUUAUUUAGUGUAUGUACUGUUUUGUGUGUUUAUUUUGGCCACCAUGCUGUUUUGUUUUGAAGAAGUCCUCUGUUUUGUUUAAACCUUUUAUUUUGAUUAUUAAAGAAAGAGCGCAUUUGCAACUCAA